AUGAAGAAGGGAGCGUAUACUAAGUUGGUUGAGAGAAAGAAUGAAGAUGAGAAGCGGGCUAAUUGGAAGGAGUACAAGAUAGCUAGGAAGAAGGCUAAGUUAGUAGUUACGGUGGCCAAAACGGUAGUGUUUGAGAGCUUGUAUACGGGGUUGGAGGAGAAAGAAGGGGAAAAGAGGUUGUUUAGGCUUGCUAAGGAUAGAGAGAGGAAGGGUCAUGACCUCGAUCAGGUAGAGGAGGUCAGAGAUGCUGUUCACAGGAUGCGCAGGGGUAGGACGACGGGGCCUGAUGAGAUUUCUGUGGAUUUUUGGAAGUUUUCUGGUGAGGCUAGCUUGAGAUGGUUGACUUAUUUGUUUAACAACAUUUUCAGGUCAGCGAAAAUACCCGAGGCUUGGAGAUAG